UAAGACGAAACGAAACGCCACCGCCUUCACAUUUCUAACAUUGACCCCAAAAAACCCAAAGAGAUCAUUAGCAAAGAUAUAGAAGAAGUUUGUAAAUUAGUUGGUGGAGAAAUCACCGUUGAAUUAAGACAUGGCGCUGAAAUUGGUUAGCAGGAAGCUGGGGAGCAAAUUCUUGCCCAUGCUGUCUUCCACUUCUCCACUGCAUUCACAUGCGACUAGCUUUGGAUUCAAACAUGUUCGAGAAGAAGAAAAAAGUCAAAUGGUUGGUAAUGUUUUCAGCAGUGUGGCCUCAAAUUAUGAUCUCAUGAAUGAUUUAAUGAGUGGUGGAUUACAUAGGUUAUGGAAGGACAGACUGGUUUCUAUGCUGAAUCCAUUUCCUGGAAUGAAGCAUCUUGAUGUGGCUGGGGGAACCGGAGAUGUUGCUUUCAAGAUUCUGGAUGGUAUAAGUAGUAUCAAGCGUAGAGCAAAUCAAGAUCCCAUUAAUGAUCAUUUACAGGAAGAAACACAGAUACAUGUGUGUGACAUAAACCCUAACAUGUUAAAUGUUGGCAGAAAACGGGCUAUAGAGAGGGGUCUCGGAGAAGACAAAUCACUCAUAUGGGUGGAGGGAGAUGCUGAAGCCUUGAGUUUUGAAGAUAAUACCAUGGAUGGCUACACAAUAGCAUUUGGAAUUAGGAAUGUUACACACAUAGAGAAAGUUCUUGCUGAAGCGUAUAGGGUAUUAAAACACGGAGGAAGAUUUCUUUGCCUUGAACUGAGCCACGUUGAAGUUCCUGUGUUUAAAGAAUUAUAUGAUUACUAUUCUUUCUCAGUCAUUCCAGCUGUGGGAGAGCUAGUUGCAGGUGAUCGGGAUUCUUAUCAGUACUUAGUUGAGAGCAUACGUCGUUUUCCUCCACAGGAGAAAUUUGCUUCGAUGAUUGCGGAUGCAGGAUUUCAGAAGGUUGAGUAUGAGAAUCUCGUUGGGGGAGUUGUAGCCAUUCAUUCAGGUUUAAAAAUAUGAAGGUGUUCAAGGACAGACCUUUGUCUCUAUUUUUUCUUAAAUAAUGCAUCUGCAAGUUUUUCGAGGGUGCAGAAAUUUUGUCAGCACACCUAUUAUCCUCUUUCUUGUCUAUUUAGACGUUCAAUUCAGAGGGCUAAUGCAUUUUUUGUAUGGUGUUGGUAUUUGAAUAAAUGACUCUUCAGCCUACUCUUGGCUCUCUAGGCUUUCUUUU